AUGAUGAUCGACGGACCUGAGGAGAAGGCCGGCGCUCCGGUCUCGACCGACGCGGAGUGCAGUCCGGCAGGCAUCGUUCCUGUGUCACGUGAUGCCGAUGGAGAAGUUAAAAGCCACGAAGGAAGAACGACCGGCGAGUCGUACCCGCGUCACCAAAUAGCUGCCCGUGGGUCUUCUGCUGGCUUGGUAUCUCCAUCGAUGGGGCACUCGGGGGACGCGCUAUACCCUUCGUCGCCGGGCGAGCACGACCUGGACACCUCGCAGGCCAUGGUCAGUAUCGUGCUCAUCGUGGUCACGAUCACCGUGGCCUGCAUCCUCGUCAUAAUGGUCACGCGACACAGCAAGGGUUACCGCGCCGGCCUGCACAUCGAGGUGCAUCACUCGCCGUCCAGGGAGACCAGCUGGCCACCGCAUUGA